UACUUUAGUUCCUGCUUAUACCAUUGGAUACAUUUUAAUAAAUUUUAAUUUUGGUUAAGCUAGCGUUAUUUUGACGCUUUAGUUAAAGUAUUUUACAUGCACUAUAUGCAUUGUAAAGGAAAAUCUGUGGGGAGCGGUCGUGAUUGGUAUCCGGGGAGUGAGCAUGUCGGUCUCCAUAGAAACUACAAACUUUUGUUCAAGUCGUGAAAUGGACGAGUAUCAAUCUGGGGAGGAGACUUUAUUUGUUGUGGACGAGAUCACAACAAUUAUCAAAGAGACUGUUGAAAGCAUCAUUGGGAACAGUUCUUUCCAACGCAGUCAAAUCAACCUGUGGUCAUCAAGCAUAGUGGAGUCAAGUCUAAACCAGCUAACUAAAUUAGGAAAGCCCUUCAAGUACAUAGUGACAUGUAUUCUACUGCAAAAAAAUGGGGCAGGUUUACACACUGCCAGCUCAUGUUUCUGGGACAACACUACAGAUGGGAGCUGCACAGUACGGUGGGAGAAUAAAACAAUGUACUGUAUAGUUAGUGUUUUUGGUCUUGCCAUUUAAGGAUAAAUAUCAACAAGCAGAUCUCUUUCUAAUCAAAAAGGUUUUUGUCAAUAAAGUAAUAUUUUCCCUGUUUGAUUUCCUGUUUGUAACCAAUAAAUUUUUUUGAACAAC